UAGCAAUCGUCUUCUAUCUCCUCGCAGCCGUCGUUGACGCCACAAUGGUUAAGAAGGAAGAAGGAUGCAAAGGAUAGCGUAGCCGAGUGUCAGAAUUGUGACAAUGACCACCACUUUGCCAAUAUGAGUUUAUAUUCAUUUAUACAUACAUACACAUCUAUAUGUAUGUUGAAAAGAAGGUAUUGAGGCAUAACUUGACGUACAUAAAUAUGUAUAUACAUACAUAGGUGCACACAAUUCCAUGUAUACUCACACCUUAUAAGGGUAUGUGUGAUUGCGAAUAUCUACAUAUGUACAUAUGUCGUUUGUGCGAGUGUAUGGUUGACAGGACACAACAGCGAAAUUGUGCCCGUGUAGACGCGCAAUUGUCCGAUACGGUCAGCGGAUUACCUUCUUUACCGUCUUCUUCUUGCUGAUUGUCAGCUGGCUACAACGUUGCUAUCUUUGUCGCUCGUUUACGUUACGCGUCGCUUGCCUAUUAAUCAUUACAUUUUUGGCUGUCACUGAAAUCGGUGGUGUGGUUUCCCUUUAGCUUGGUUCAGCUUGGUCAAGAGCGCGCGCAACUGACCAAAUGCCCAAAACAAGAAAGGAAAGACUACAAAUACGCGCAUAAACACAUACACUUGAAUAAGUUCUGUGCAUGCACACAUUAGUGUACACAUAUUAAAUACACACACAAAAAUAUUCGCGCAUAUGUACACGUGCUCAUAACCAUGUUGUAUCCGUUAGUAGUAAAUUUGAACGCACCUACACUGUCGCACAAUAAGGCGGUAGUUUCUGCGACGACCGUGAUGGUGGCGGUAAAUUUGUGCAAAUUCAAAUAAUUUCGCCGCUAAAAUUAAACUUCGGCGCUCACUAGGUCCAGUUCAGCGACACUCGCGUUCGUAGUCGCGCUCGCGCUCAUAGUUGUUGAGCCGUAUUUACACUCGCGACAAUUUGUCGCCUUGCCGGUACGCUGUUCAUAUUCGAAGGUUCGCAAAGAACCGUUGAACGGAAACACAAUCACAUCCUUUGGGCACGCGGACGAGACAACAGCGCCACGGUGAAGGCAUAAGAAGGUGACAAAAUUACGAUCAAUAGAAAUAAAUGUGCUGCUCCACGUUGCGGACAUUACUAUAUCAAUCUUUCUUAAAAACACGUGAAGUGACAAAUAAUAAGAAGAGAAUAAAACUCAAUUUCAGUGAAAGUGUGAUUGUUUCUAAUUUUAAAACGUAUAUAAGUAUAUGCAAAUUUAUGUAUAUGUACCAUGUAUAUUGAUGCACAUCAAAGUGAAAAAUCGUAAAUAAAAAUCGACAAAUAUCCAAUUGUUCAAUUUUGAUUUAGUACCUAUACUAAUAUAUUCGCGAUUAUAUUAAAAGUGAUGUAGUGACGAUAUACAUACCUGAUUUAUUAAAUUGUUUGGAAAGAAAACUGUUGCACUGAAGGUGUCAUUGACGACAUUGCUUAUGGCCUACAUGUGUACAUACAUGCAUGAGAAAAAAUAAUAGUUGUACGUUAUUGUGUGUAUAUUGCGUUUUGUAUUGAAGAUUUUGUAACUUAGACGGAAAUAAAAGGCGAGCUAAUAAUAUAUAAAAAACGGAAUUGCUUUGAAGCAAAAACUCUUUCAUUCUUGGAACUGUUUCAAAUAAACGAAUUCAAACUGUUCGAAAACGGUCUGAAGUUGGAUAUCUCCAGCUAUUCCCAUAUGAAUAUUCGGAUGAGUACAAAGGGCAAACGCCCACUGCGUAGUUUGACUCCAAGUGAUAAAAUCAACGCUAUUCAACGAAUUCAUGAUGGAGAGUCCAAAGCAUCGGUGGCUCGUGAUAUUGGAGUUCCAGAAUCUACAUUACGUGGAUGGUGCAAAAAUGAGGAUAAGCUGCGUUUUAUGUCACGGCAAACUGAUAAAAUAACAGCUGAUUCAUUGGCCGAAAAACUGGGAUCAUCUGGCGCUAUUCUUGUAGGACCUCCUGAAAAACGUCAAAAGUUGGACGGUAGUUCUGUACCAUUCAUUUAUUCUAAUAAAAUAAAAUAUGAUGAUAUUAUGUAUAAACGAUCUCCGCUAAAUGGUCUUGACUAUGCGUCAAGCAAAACCCUUUCAGAGAUUAGUUUCAAUGGCUUGGCUACGGACUAUAUUGCUUUCAGUGGUGCUGUGAAGAAUAAAGGUUUUGGCGCCGACGUAUCACGUCAAACAGAUCCAGCAGUUGCCGCUAUAAGUCCCCUUACAAGCCUAUCUCAGCUUUCGGGGCUAUCUGGCCUGGCACAAUCACCUCUAGCAAUUAGUUUCAAUGAACUUACAUCAAAUCUCAAUAUUUUAGCACAAUUAAAUCCUGGGCUGGCAGCGAUGUCUUGUCUAAAUGAAUUAGGGGUUACAGCAAACCCAUUGCGUAACGUGAAAACAAAAACUCAACUACAAUUGGAAAGUCCUCGGAGUGACUGUGGAGAUCGACAACAGGGGUUAUCUGUUAAAAAUUGGGCGAAACAAAAGUCACCAACAUCAACUUCUGAAGAAUCUUGUUAUGGACUUAACCUACGCCUAAAUGAAGAUAAUAAUAAGAACAAAAUUAAAUGCCCUAGCCCAUCUCUCGCACCGUCGCUUUCUAUUUUAUCAGAUGAUCCCUUAAUUUAUUGGUUGAAGUCUCAGCAAGCAAUGUUGGGACUGAAUAACCUCUAUCCAUCACCAAUAGCACCGCCAAUGGGGACAUCGAGUCCACCGUUGCGUUCUUCAACUCCACAUCAGUCAGGGAAACUUCAUGUCACUACCCCACUAAAUACUUCUGCAUCAAUAACCUCAUCGUCCGCACCGUCCAAUAGUUUGGACGGUAAAAACUCUACAUGGCUUAAUUGGUGCAAAGCUUUGGGCGCUAGUCUUAACUCAUUAGCACCAACUACUGCGGCCACUGUUCUUCAUGGCCCAACUAUAAAACAACAACAUCAAUCGUCUUCCAUUACGACCAUUUCAACAGAUAUUGAAACUACUGUAUCGCCAUCAAAUAUAUCCACUCAAAGUUCUCCAUUGGAAAAUAUUCUUUUUACUCAACUAACAAAAAAUAUUGACAGCUGUUCAAUGGAAAGUUCAGCAAUACUUAACAAUAUCCAUUGUACCCAUAUGGACAAUGUAGAUUCUUCAAACAAACCCGAAGAUCUAUCAGCACGCACGGUAAAAAACAAUGUAACAGCUAUAUCGCCAUCACCGACACCACCAGCCCAGAGUCCUAAUACAGGAGAAAGUUUAGUUCCUACUCCAGUACACAGCCCAAACGGGCAAUUACCAACCGAAGUUCCCAACUCUCCACUUUAUAAUGAAGAAGCAGAAGACUGCGGUACUAAUAUGUCAGAUUGCAAAGACGUUCUGGAUAAUUUAUUGUACAAAAUCAAUAAUAAUCCCUCCGUAAUUUCAUUAAGUAAAGCUACUACGCCAACAAGUGUCGAAGGAGCAGAUGAUGAUGGAUGUAUAAGUGAAUCUAAUAUCAGCUAUGGAAGUGACAAUAAUCAAAAUAGUAGCGAUGAAAAUGUCAAUAACAACAAUCAUUCCAAUAAAACAGAUGAAGAAGAACCCUUUAAAUUAUUGACGUUGAAAAAAGAAGAUGGAGAUUAUGAAGCCAUAAAUCACGGUGAACAAUUUCUUAAAUGGUUAGAAAACUGUAGCAAUCCUCGAAUAACGGCAUCACAUUUAAUGCAAUUGAGAUUCCUUAUAUCAGCGCUAAAAUCCAAUUGCGAUCCUAAUGACGAAAAUAGCCUACAUAAGUUAAAACGGAGUAGUACGGAAAGAACCUCGGAAAAAACUGUAGAUACAUUGAAAGAAAAUAGUCUUGUAAAUAAAGGACGUCGUCGAAAAUAGGAAAACCCUAAAUCAAUAACAAUAGAAGCAAAAUACGGUUAUCCAAAAGAAAAUAUUUUACAUCUUGGAAGUUCUUCAAUUGAUAUAGUAACCUUGAAUAGGCAUUCAAUUUUAUCGAUAUAUAGUGUUAAUGCAGAAAUAACUGGAUAAUAUCAAAUUGACCGGAAGGAAAGCACAAAAAAUAUAGCUUAAUUUUUACAUCGAUAGCGAAUCUGUUGAUUGACUACCAAAAUACUACCAAAAUAUAUACGUUUAUUUGUGAAUAUAUCUUAAAGCUAAUUACUUACACACACAACGAUAUUUUUUACUGACUAUAUUGGAAUUGCAUUUGAUUUGUUCCUUUGCCAAAAUAAGAAUAUUAACAAAUAUAACGGAAAGGUAAUGCAUAAGUUUAAAAACUAGUUCUGAGCUCUUAUAUACUUUAGUAUUGUAAUGUAAUGUUUGAGAGUAAUUUAGGUCGAGAUAUUUACAUGUUCUAUAUAUUACUUUUAAUACCAGAAAGUAGUACAACUUUUAUUGGUUCUAAACCAUUUGUAGCUUUAUAUACAUACAUAUAUUUAAAUGUAUGUAUAAGUACAAAAUUUUAAAGUAGAACUUAUACGUGACAGUAUGUUAAAGUAAUUGAAGUGACUAAAAUGAAUGAAAAAAUUUAGGUUAUUCCAUAUGUGCCAUGGUAAAUCUUUUAAAACCAAAGCGCUGAAUUAUCAUACAAAUAUAUGUAUGUAUAUACUUAUGACCAGAUAUUUUUUUAAAAUCAAAAUUCUAAGAUUUGCUUAAGUCAACUACUUUAACGAAUUGCCACAUAUGACUACCAUCUAUAAAAAUAAAGAGCUUAUUUAUACCUAUGCAUACACAUAUGUUCGCACAGACAUGAAUGCACACGUGUUGAUUUAAAUGUAUUUUCUAAAUGAAAAACUGUUUUAAUUAUCGAUGUGCAUAUGUAAUAUUCACACUUACAUACACAAUUACAAUUUUUAUUCAUAAGAUCUUUACGUUACACUGAAAAAUUUAAAAUUGAGGUUCUUCUUUUUUAUUUCAUAUAUAUUUACAAUAUUUACAAGUAAUAAAUGUAAGUAUUAUAGUGGUAAAAGAUCCCAAACUUUAUAAUAAUGUUGUAAGAAAUUUGCAUCGCUGCAUGCGUAAGAUUUCACAAUUUUUUUUAUAUACGCAAAAAUGUAUAAUAUAAUAUAUUAUUUCUACAUACCUUGUACAUACAUAUAUACAUGCGGAAAAAAAUUUAAUUAUUUUUUAUUUCAAAGUAUUAUUAAUUUUGUCAUGUAUAAGUAUUAGAAAAUUGUUUAUCGGAGUGUACAAUUAUUUAAUGUUAUUAGUUAAUUUUAAAUUGAAUCUUCUGAUAAAAAAAUAUUUUCAAUUUACAAAUAUGAAUUAUGUAUAUACAUUUUUUAAUGGCUUACGGGAACGGGUGCGGGCCGGUAUACUUGUGCUGGAUACUACUAUAUAACAGGUUAGUGCGUGGCGGAUGGCUACAGAAGACAGUAUACUUGAAAAUACAGAUAACCCCAAGUUUACAGAAGCACUGUUAAAAUUAUUUGGCAGCGUUGCUCAAAUUUGGUAAAAAAAAUCGUAAAAAAAAACGUAAAAAAUGGAAAACAAUGAUAUUCUUUGAAAUUGAAAAACCUGUAUGUUUAGUAGAAUCGAAAACGAUUGCAGGUUCGGGUCAAGUUAGCCUACGAACUACUGCUUAAUCCACCGUACUCUUAGGAUCCAUAUGACUUAUUUUCGUGUACAAACUUGAAAAACCCACUGGGAAGAAAUUUGAGUCAAAUGACGCUUUCCAAAAAGCUAAAGAAAUUGGAAUAUUGCCGGGUCAAGUAUAUCGAGCUGAAAAGAAACUAUUCAAUCUGAUAUAAAAAUUAACAUACAUAGAUACUUUAACGUACAUAUGUAAGCAUGUAAUAUUAGGGAUUUUCAAAGCUUUGGUUAAACUUUACAUAAGGUGUAAUUUUGGAUGUACUGUGGUUUGGUCAACAAAUUACCCCAGCUCUAUAAAUUAUUGGUUCGUGCGUUUUUUUGUGUUUUUUGGCAGAGUUUUUUUAUUACUCAAUGUAUUUCCCAUUUGUGGGCGGGUGGGGAAAAAACCGAUCGUGAAAUAUAAGGCCAAGCGUUGUCAUGACGGAAAAUUAUUGCUUCUUGUCUAGUUGCGAAUUUCGAGCGUUUUUCGGCAAUCGCUCACUUUAAUUUGAUGGGUUGUUAACGUUCUACAUUAAUGGUUUCCCCCGGACUUAGAAGCCCAUAAUACAGCACACCCUUUUGGGCCCACGAAAUAAAGGCAUUACUUGGCGUCAUGGAUAUUCAGCUUUGCCGAUGAUUUGUCUGGUUAGCCAGGUUUCACAUAUGAAAUUUUGCUUUUAGGAUUCAUGGAUUUUUCAUCACCACUCACAAUCCGAUCCAAAUGUAUCGUUCAAGCAGCAUUUAUGAAAUACAAAAUCGUCCCUUCUUGUUUUUGAAUUUAUCCGGCUCCUUGUAACGUUUCGAAAGAUUUUGCGAGCUCUUCUAGUGUUUGGCAACGGUUUUUAACGCAAAAUGCUCCCAGUUCCUCAUCUUCAAAUUUAUUUAGGCAUCCAGGAUGUUCUUCCACAGUGUAUAAACCACUGCAGAUUCGCUCAGCUAGAGCAUGUUCACCAUAAACCUCCACCAAAAUACGAUGAUUUUUGACUGAAGUUUUCUUCAUAUUGAAGUAAUGAAAAAGAACUCCUUGCAAAAACACUUUUUCAGAAACAAAGUUCGAUAUAUUUAAUUGGAAAGAACAAUUAUACUAGUUAACAAAAUUUUAAUUUAUUUUUGUAACAUGCAUAUACAAGUAUGUAUGUAUUUUCUUAAAAAGUACAAACAUCAGAGAAUCUUAGAAAAACUCUUGCUUAAUAUAAAACAAUACUUAUGAUUAUAGUGAAUAUUUGCCUUUUGGAAGGUCUUUUUUAGGUCUUCAACAAAAUCUGCUAGCAUUUCUGCGUUUCAUUUCCCUUGAUAGCGUUUCUCCAAUAAGAAAAUGGCCUUGUUCAUCACUCAAAUUUGUCGGAAAGAAAUCCAUAUGAGAGUCCAGCAUAUGUAAUCUUAGGGAGAUAUUACACCCGAAGUCUUGUAAUUUUCCGAUUUAUGGCUUCCUAGAAAAAUUUGGACAACGUUUACAAAUCAUUUCUAGGCGAUAACCCAUUUUCACAUUGUAUAAAGAAAUGCUAAAAAGACUUCUUUCCAGCAAGUUUGGUUAAGUUAGGUUUGGAAACCAUCAACAUUUCAUAAUUUAUUCAUUACAAAGUUCGUGUGACAAAAACGGUGUUUAUCAGUGUUAUUGAUGUUUACCUUUCAAAUGAUUGACAUAUUGACUAAAAAAGACGCACAAGGUCAGUAGCUUUUCAACUCAUUUUCAAAAUAUUAGAACAAUGGAAUAAUACUCAAGUUACGCCAUCUCUUUAUGCCGAUGCACUUAUCCUAAUACAAUUGUGUGGAAAUAUAUUCCCGAGCAUACUUUCGUUUAAUACGAAAAGUUAAUGCAAUCAAGUCAGACCCUCCUAUAGCCCCAUUACAACACUUAUAAUGAUUUUAGACUUUCUCAUUGACUUAAAGCUAUAUACAAUAACGGAUGACCCAAGAAUCAUCUGGCAACCUUUACAAACCGUUCAACUUUAUGACGAAAAUUCACGUUCUAUAAAUAAUGUUUUUCGCGCGCUUCGCUCAACUUGUAGUGAACAUAAUCAGCAUACUGAGCGUACUAUUCCCAACACCAUCACCCAUCUUGAGGCCCAGCAUUCAUUAUUGGAUAAUAUUCGAUCGAAUAGACCACGUCCAGCACGCAGUUAAAAAAAUAUUGCGGCCGUAGCUGAGAAUACACGAAGACUGUGGAGAAUCGAUUCGGCGCCGUUCGCAGUAACUUGGACUGACGUAUGGAACGACUUGGCGCAUUUUACAUCGAGAUCUUAAAUUGAAAACAUACAAAAUACAGCUUGUAUAAAAACUGAAGUCGCUCGACCUUCCCUCUUGAAAAGUUCCAAGAAGAUACCACGUUUUCGAGCCAAGUUUUGUUGAACUGCCAUUUCAUCCAAAAAAAAAAAAAACAACGGUUUGGUGUGGUUUAUGGGAUAGUGGAAUCAUCGGUCCAUAUUUCUUCAAAAAUGAUGCCGGUGAGAACGUAACCGUCAAUGGCGACGUUAUCGCGCCAUGAUAACCGACUAUUUGAUGAAUGAAAUUGAAACUAUUGAUAUCAGCGGCAUUUGGUUUCAACAAGACGGCGCCACUUCCCACACAUCGCAUUAAUCAAUAGAUUUCUUGAGAGAACACUUCGGUGAGCAGAUAAUUUCACGUUUUGGGUCGAUUGAUUGGCCACCAAGAUCGUGGGAUAUCACACCGUUAUAAGGAGAUAUUUAAAGUAUAAAGUCUAUGCGGACAAUCGCGCUUCGAUUCAGGCCUUGGAGCAAAAAAUCACGCCUGUCAAUCGCCAGUUACCAGUCUAACAAAUCCGAAAAUCGGACUCAACGGAUGGACCUUCUAAGAUAUACCGGGCCCAUUAUUUGAAAGAAAUAAUCUUCAAAAAAUAAAUGCCAAAGAAUGUUAUUUCGAAUGAUAAUAAACAUUCCCUAUUAAAUUUGAAAAGUAGGGAACCUCGAAAUGGAUCACCCUAUAUAUUGAUAUGAAGAAUAUAGAGAUUUGUGUUAGUUAGAUUGAUUUCAAUACAUACAUAUAUGUCGGCUAUGAAUCAAAAUGUAUUAAUGAAACCAAGUGAGAAAAUGACCGAUAGUUUAAGCUAGUAUACUAUGAUACCAAAUACCAGUACGUUCUUUAAGUUAAUCAAAUUGCGCGAGUAAAAAAUGUAUGGUUACACCCCUUUGUUGUUUUAAUGAUGCUUAUAAUUUUAGAUAUAUUAUAAAUAUUUUUGCUGGCUGGCGCACGAGCUUCCGAAACCAAUCAUGUUACAAAUUCCAAUUUAUAUUAAUUAUGUAGUGAUUUUUGAUGACUGUAGAAUAAAUUUUUUCAAGAUAGCUGACACACCGAAAUAUAUCAAAGAGUUGGUCCUAUAAAUUUUCAAUGUUAGGACAUUCUUAAGCUCGAAUUCAAUUUCGACCGAUGUGCCAUGUCAAAAGCAAUAAGGGACUUCGAUUGCAUUCCGCAAUCCGGAUCUAAUCCCAACGACACUUUUCUGUCCUAAGACCUCAACGGAAAGAAUUUUAGUGGCAAUGGUAAGAUCUGUUUCUAUAGAGUUGUGAGUAUUAGCGACCAUUUUCGUUUAUUUUUUUUACUUUUUAGAUAAAAAUACUUGUAGAAAUGUAUGCAAGUCUACAAUAUCUUUACAGGCAAUGCAUAAAGUUUUUUUUCAGCUUCGUCUAGUUAUACCAAUAAUAAUUUAAGCAAUGCAAUGUAUGGAAAAGAGGUGGCAGUAAAACACAAUCCGUGCGUUCGAGCUAUGCAGCUCUUUUGCAUAUUUGACACUUCUUUGCUGAUACUCUGCUGAUGUGCAGAUAAAAAAUUGACUGUUGCUAAUUAUUUGUGUAAAUUGCGCGCAAAAUUGACAGCAAAACGUGAUGUUGUUUGCAAGUGUUGCCAGAAAUUCACGCAGAACGUAAUACUUUUACAACAAUGCUGUCUUGAUUGCCAACUCGAACGCACCCAAUACACCACAGACGUAUACUAAGUAGCGGUCAUUUGUAUAGAUUAUGGUAUAUGAUUGCCUAGCGGCUACUAUUCUUAAGCUAGCCACCAAACAUGAUUUACAGGUUCUCUAUAAAUUAUAAAUGUAUGUCUUUAUUUAUGCUAAGUUUUAGUUUAUUCAUAUCAAUACAUAACAAAAACCUAUAAAGAGCUGUUUAACUAAAAAA